AUCGAACACAAGACGGCUUUGUUCUCUGCAUCUAUACCUCUUUUCUGGGUUUUAAGGGUUUCAAUAGACAAAACCAGGCAUCAUCGAACCAGUUGUCUCGUCACCUAAAUAAGAAACCUUUAAGGCUUCUGGCAGCAUUGGGCACACUUCUCUGUGGAAAAAAGAUUCCAACUUUGUGUCUCUUUCGAACUUCCGAGUCAUCUUUCAAACGUACACAGGACCAGGUUAUAAAAAAGACUUUGUGAAACAAUGUCAGGAUUUCCAGGUUUGAGUUUUCUAGGCCCCAAAAGCAAGAACGCGGUUGUAGCGGGAGGCUUGACAGCUUUUGUAUUUGGGGUAUAUUUCUACACGAUGAAAGCCGUUGGUGGCACGGACGAGCUUCAAAUGGCUAUAGACAAGUUCGAAGACCAAAAACAUGUCGAGACCGACCCCAAGCUUCAAUCAAAAGCAUGAAAGAUCUUCACUAGCUUGAUAUGUCAAAGGAAACUCAUUGCCUAUCUUUUUUCUUUUUUCUUGUCUUUUUUCAAAAGCAUCGAUUGGCAUCUGUUUUCCAGUCCUUAAUACAAUGGUCCGAAUAAGAGAAUGUCCUGAUCAAGACUUCGUUUUGAUGUUAUUGACAUUGUGUUAAGUUGUCUUCAUAAUCUCGUACCUAUACGUUUGUUACAA